CCCCGGCGGCCAUAGACAAGUCCGACUGUCAAAUUUCACAGCGGAGGAGCUCACUGGUUUCCCGCUCCCGGCAAGAUUCCGUCCACUAGCAAAAUAGUAAAAACAAAAUAUCUCCUCUCUCUCAAAACUAAAUAUCGCUACUCGCUAGUUUACCUUAUCCUCUUCUUCACAGUCUCGCGCUCGCCAAUUUCGUAUAGUUCGUCCGCGCUUCCAAUGGCUGCGUUUGCUCUCUCGUCUUCACUCACUCCCAAAACCCUAACCCCUUCUCUCUCUUGCCCCAAACCAUCCUUGACGCCUUCCUCCUUUCCCGUCCCUCAAUCAUGGAACCGCCGGAGUUGGAGCUCCUUCCGCUCGCGGCAGCGGCAGUCGUUUGCUCGCGCGGCCGUGAACUCCGAUUUUUCGUCGCGGAGGAGCAGCAGCGAGCAGAGGGAGACGAUAAUGUUGCCCGGUUGCGACUACAACCAUUGGCUGAUUGUGAUGGACUUCCCCAAGGAUCCCGCGCCGAGUAGAGAGCAGAUGAUCGAUGCUUAUCUCAAUACUCUCGCUACCGUCCUUGGCAGCAUGGAAGAGGCGAAGAAAAAUAUGUAUGCUUUCAGUACAACGACCUACACCGGGUUUCAGUGCACGGUAGAUGAAGCUACCUCUGAGAAAUUCAAGGGUUUGCCAGGAGUGCUCUGGGUGCUGCCUGACUCCUAUAUAGAUGUUAAGAACAAAGACUAUGGAGGGGACAAGUAUGUGAAUGGAGAAAUCAUACCAUGCACUUACCCGACGUAUCAACCGAAGCAGCGCAAGAGUUCCAAGUACGAGAGUAAAAGGUACGAGAGACGAAGAGAUGGCCCACCUGCUAAUCAAAGGAGUCCAUCAAAACCACAGUCUGCUAGCUCGCCCGAGUCAUCGUCCUCUGCAUAAGCGAUCAUAGAAUGGUCAUCCUUCAGCUUUUCUAUGGUGUUCUCAUCUGUGAUUCAUGGUCUUUGCUGGGGGGAAGCAAAGUGUGAUUUUGAGUUCAUUCCUCUUUAGAGCUGAGACUUCCCUAGUCCCCUACAGUGAAAAAUCUUGUAUGCAUUGUAAGAUCAGAUAGGUGAGUUCUGAGUCUCUUUUUGGACACCGUGUCCAAUCCAUCCAUCCUUAUGGAGAAAGGGAAUUUGAUGAGGAUUACAUGGCAGCCAUAUGGACUUGACACUGUUCUAGACUCUGUAUGUGAAUUUUGCUCUGUUUCCAAGUUGGUCCUAUUUAGGGUGGUGACCAACGAUUUGCUACACAUCAAACCGAAUUUGGCAUUUGAGUCGCUUGAAUAUAAUUCAAUUUGCUUCCUUUGAUUCGAAAAUGGUGGGUCAUUUUCCUUUUAUUGUUGAUCUGGCCAUGUGUUAGUUUGCAUCCGAUUCUGAACAUGACCAGACCAGGCUCAACAUUGGUCCUCUUUCCU